GCAAUGCUUACCCUCAUCCCUUCAUUCUCCCACCUUGUUGUCCUCCUCUCCCUGCUGGAUUCCUGUUCUGCCACUGAAGAGGACACUGUGGUGGUCACCAGUAACGGACCACUUAAAGGCAAGAGGCUUCAGGUUGGUUCUGGUUCUGUGACUGCAUAUCUGGGCAUCCCUUAUGCAGAACCUCCCGUGGGCGUGUUGCGGUUCCAGAAGCCUCAGCCACAUCAGUCGUGGAGCCAUGUUUUGGAGACCACCAGCUUUGGCAACUCAUGUCACCAGGAAACUUCUUAUUCCAUGCCUUAUUCCAAUAUAUGGGUUGCCAAUACCCCGCUUUCAGAAGACUGUUUGUUCCUCAACAUCUGGGUGCCAAAUCCUCAGCCUACAAUACCAGCUCCUGUCCUUGUUUGGAUCCAUGGCGGGGGAUAUAUAGCUGGUGCUGGAUCUCUUGACUUGAACAACGGAGCAUUCUUAGCAGCUACAGAGAAAGUAAUAGUUGCCUCCAUGAACUACCGCUUGGGGGUUCUAGGUUUUCUCUUCUUCCCUCCAGAUGUCCCCGGGAACAUGGGCUUGUGGGAUCAACAACUGGCUGUGAAAUGGUUGAAGGAGAACGCAGCUAUCUUUGGCGGUGACCCAGCUCAGUUGACUCUCCUUGGCCACAGUGCUGGAGCGGCUUCAGUGGGUUUGCAUCUCUUGGCACCAACAAGUCAGCCUCUGUUUGCUCGGGCUGUGCUACAGAGUGGAGCUCCCAGUGCCCCCUGGGCUUGGAAAGAACCGGAGAUGCUCAAAAGGAGUGCCUUGGCAAUGGGUCUCUUACUGGGCUGUCCUGUCCAAAACCACAGUGUUCUUGUGAACUGCCUACAGACAAUGGAAAUAAAAGAGAAUGGAUUUGAUAAGUUCAAUUUUCUCUUCUCACCCACCACAGAUGGUGACUUCCUUCUUGGCGAGCCACAAAAACUGUUGGAGAGUGGACUGAUUCAAGCCAAACCACUUCUUGCUGGAAUCACGAGUGAUGAUGGGUCAGUCUAUGUGUUAUAUUCCGUACCUGCUGCCAUACAAAGUGAUGGGAUGUUGACCUGGGAGCAGCUUCUGAAAGGAGUGAAGGUAACUGUGCAAAAUCCCACUGUCAAAGAUGUUGAAGCUGCUGUGCUGAAGUAUCUUGAAAAUGGCCACGGGCCAGAACACUACAGGCAGGCUUUGGCCCAGUUCUCAAAAGAUUACUAUUUUGUAUGCCCAUUGAUUAAAGUUGCUGCCAAGGUAGCAGAAGCAGGAAGUCCUGUGUAUGUCUACUCCUUCAACCACCACUUUUCUGGCUUCAUUUGGCAUGAAUGGAUGGGGGCAGCCCAUGGAGCCGAGCUGCCUUUCUUGUUUGGUAUCUUGUCGACAGUGCGGGGAACUAACGAGUCCGUGACCAAGGCUGAGGCUGAGCUGAGCCGCAAAGUGAUGCGGUACUGGGCAGAAUUUGCCAGAAGUGGCUCUCCCACUGGAUCUGAGCCUUCCUAG